AUGUUUCAACAGGAGACAAAUCCGUCGAACGUCGACGUGGUUCAAAAUACGACAGACAACUUUUUUGCACACAAAUCAGAACCAAAUUCGGACGAGGAGCAAUUGGAUGAUCGGCCAUUUUUGAGUCAUCGAAUUGCUGACGAUCAGGAGUCGUUUUCUGAGGUAAUCAAUGAAUAAUUUUGAAAGUGAAAGGAAAAAAUGUUCCAAAUUUUCAGAAGUUUCUGCGUAACAUUCUGACUUACGAAUAUCAGAAUCAAAUGCCGCGUCGACGAGAGAAAUUUGUCGAAAUUGUCAAGACUGUCACUGUCACCGAGGUAAAUACGUUUGGACUUGGGCCCAACCCAUUUUCAGGAUUUUAGAACUGGACCAAACCAAACAUGGUCUGAUUUUUCUCUAUAAGUUAUAGUUUCCCCUUAAAAAAUUCUAAUCAACCAAAAAUCAAUAUCAACUUUCUAUCAAUUUGUUAUUUAUUAUAUAUUUACCAAAUGUCUUUUCAACAAUUUUUCCUUUUCUUUCAUUUGUUGUAACUUCUAAAUCAAUUUUUCACAUUUUUUUUCCUACAGAUAGUCAACGGUGGACCAGACAAGCAUCCAUCAUCUUGCGAAGUCAAAGUCACCAAUUUAUCACCAAGUGGUCCGCAUCCAGUUAAUGUUUCUAUUACAGUAAGCUCGCGAAAAAUGGGGCGUUCAAAAAUCAAAAAACAAAUUCACGACUGUUCAAUUUUGAUAAAGCAGCUUACUCAACAGUGAACAAAAAUAUUUUAGUUUGAAUAGAAAUUGGACAUGUGUGAAUUUUUCAGCUUUUGUUUUUGGGACGCCCCAAAAACCUUUACAAAAUAUAUUACCUAAUUUUUGUAGCAUUUGAAUGAGAGAUGGCGAUCGAGUGAAUCAUUAGAGAGUGAAAAAGGAACUGUUAUUCGAAUUCAAGAAACACAUCAACCUUAUCAUUCAAAUAAUAUAAAUAAUUCAGGAAUGAAAAAACGAUCAAGUUCAAGUUCUUAUAAAGAACAAGAAUCUGUCAGAACCAAGGUAGAAAUUGAAAAAAGUUGAAAAAGAAAAAAAUCUCAAAAUUUUUAGGUUGAAAAAUCAAGUUCAUUCAAUCGAGCAACAGAUUAUACACCAUUAUUCAAUAAAUCUAGUGACAAUAUCAUAGAUCUAGAAUUCACACAUCCACAUUUGAUAGAAACAACUUCAACCUCAAAAGGAACUCGAGCAUUUGCUGAUCUUCGUCGAAAACGUGUAUCAAAAACAACGAAAACAGAAACAACUGAACAUGAAAAAGUAACAACAACAACAUCAUCAAAUCGAAAAAGAAGUUGUAGUGCUCAACCACAAGUUCGAACACUUUAUUAUCGAAAAUUCAUUGAUACACACAAUAAUGAAUUAUCAGAUGAUGAAAGUAGUCAGGGAAGUAUGAUAGAUAAUGAGAAUAGAAGUAGAUCAGCUGAACCGAUUCCAAUUCCACCACCAAGAAAACGAUUAGGAAAAGAAGAAAGUUUACAUUAUUAUCGAGAAGAUGAAGAAGUUCAAGGUGGAGGUGUUACUUCUGUUUCAAUCAAUGAUAAUUAUGAUCAUAGAAAUAUUACUGCUGGAAUCACAACUGUUUCAGUUAAUGAUUCUUGUACUGUAAGUUCUAUAAUAUUUAUUUUUACUAAAUAAUUCUGUUUUCAAUUCGGAAAACUUCUAGGAUACAUCAUUCGAAUCGCGAUUCUCCACAAUUCCCCGUACUUCAUCACAUCAUAUUCACGUCAAUGUUAUUGGACCAGAAAGAUCAUCAGAAAUACAUAUUGAUAGGCAAGAAAAUAGAAGGAGAUCUUCCUCAGAAGCACCACCAAAACCACCAAGAAGAGCAAAAUAUGAUAAUGCAACACUUGGUGAACCAUUAGCCACAUCAACACCAAUGGCAACAAUUGAAAGAAAAAUUAGUCGAAGGCCACCUGAUAUUAAUAUUAUUGAAUGUGAAAAUGAUGUCAAGUUAGUAUAUAACUCUCUCAAAUUUUUUAUUGCUUUAAUUUGAUUUGAUUAUAGAUCCCCAUCUCGUACACCAAUUGUUGUUGUUAAUCAAACUCCAACAUCUCGUCGAUCAUCACAAGAUCUACUUUCAACUCCAGCCGAACGUCGACGUAAAUCGACAGUAACCGAUAUUGAUUGGUAUGCGGCGUUCAAUAUGAAAGUGGGUAAUAUAUCUAGUUUUUAAACAGAUUAGCACACUUUUUUCGCACCUAUUUUUACUCAUUUUCAUAUUCAAACAUUUUUUAUAUUUUAUGGUGUUCUCAAAAUUUGUUAGUCUUUUUCGACGAAAGAAAAAGAAAAAGCAGACGGAUGAGGUAGGAAUUCAAAUUUUCAAACUACAAAAAGAUUGUUUGAAAUUACUAUAGAGGAAUCCCGAAAUUCUUGGACUACUGUAGUCUAUAAAAAUGUAUUAAUAAAUUGAGUUUUUUCAGGAACCUGAUCGAAAAGAUAUUCCAAUUCGAAGACGCGCUUCAGAAUCUUCUCUAGCAAUUCCACCAGCCGAUAUAGAUUUGAAUCAGGUUAGUUUUUUGAAAAAUUAUUCGGGGCUAAUUUUCUAAAAAUAUUUUCAAUUAUCAGGAAAAAUUAUAUUUCUCUGACAAUAAAAAUUAAAUUUUCCAUAGAACAAACAAUCUGGAAAAUAUGUGUAAAUUUUUUUCGGUUCGCAGAUUCAUAUUCUCAUCAUUCUCUAGAUGCCUGCGUCUAUUUUUUCUUCAAAAAUAAUAUUAAUUCGCAACAUUUUCUCAGAGCUCACAGAUAUUUUCCGAACUUUGUUAAUAAUUUCUUUCUCAAUGAAAAGCGCACAUAUUUUUCUACUUAUUUCUAUAGUUUCCGCUUCUGUUAGAUUAGUCGACGAUGCAAAUGGUAUUGAGGAAUUUGUGACAACUAUAUUCCAAAUUCUUCAUAAUCAAACUUACGAUGUCUUGGAAGAUUACUUACAUAAAGACUUCAAAAUGGAUGAUUGUGGAUUCGAAUUCAAUAAAAAUGAGUGGAUAGAUGUUUUGAAAAGUCAAAAAAGAAAUAUAAGUGAGGUUGCUGUUGAUUGGGUUGGAUAUACACGAAGUAAUAAUUAUAUAAUUAGAAUAAGAGAAACAAUGGAAGAAACUAAAUAUAAAAAUGAAGAAUAUCUUAUAAAUUAUCGAAUCAAAUAUUCAAAACAAUUUCAAUUUUAAAGUAGUUGGUGCUAAUGUAUCUAACUGUGAUGAUUUGUAGAAAUAAAAUUGAAUAAAGAUUGUUCUCUGUUGUUUUUUCUAGAUUGAUGUUGAGUUCUAUAAAUGUUCUAAUCGGGAGAAAAAAUCAGGGAUUUUUUUAAAAAUCAAUAAUUUCAGGUGUUCAUUUGCACGAAAAUUCGUCGAUCUGAUGAUGAAAAAUGUCAAUGUAAUGCAUGUCGAUUAAUUCGUUUAAGUGAUAAUGAAAGAAGAUCUCGAUCAACAACAAGACAAACAACAUCAACAUCAAGUCGUAUAUUCAAUCGAACAUUCAGUGAAUUUACAGUAAGUGUCUGAUAAAAAGCAUUUUUAAACAACUGAAUUAUUUUUUCAGACAAACACAGUUCCAAGUCGUCAUUCAACUCCUCCAGUCGAAAUAAUGCUCGAUGAUAUUUUCAAUCCAAAACCAAAAAGAGCAUCGACAAAAGAUAAAAAGAUAAAUUUGGAUGAUAUUUUCAACAAUGAAACAUAUCAAAACAUCGACCAAAGUAAGGUUAGAACAAGCACAAAAACUAACAAAUCGCAUGCUGAUCAGUUUCGGGAAGAUAACCAACAAAUACAAAUACCACCACAGGAUGGCGAAAUUAGAACAACGACUACGAUGAAAAUAACAACAACAACAGCAAAAGAAUCGAAAGAUUCGGAAACGAAAAAAGGAACUUAUAUCGUGACAAGAAAACAACGAGCUCAAGAUAUUGAUGCAUUUGAUUUUGAUGAGAAAACAAGAAAAAUUGAAGUAACUAUACCAAUUAUUCCAACUGAAAAAUCAAAGGCAAAUGAAUCUGCUGAAGUUUUGAUUGAAUUGAACAAUCAAUACAAAUCGAAACAAGAAAAUCCAACAAUCGAAGUAACUAAUGAUAAUGGAUCUAUUUAUUCAGAAACAACAUUGAAUCUUGAUAAUAUUUUCAAUGUCAAUUCAACUAAUCAGAUCUCAGAAACAGUUGGGAAAAAUCUCGAAGAACAUAUUUCUGACAACACAAAAUCUGAGACAGUUUCAACUUCUAGUGUUACCUUGACCGAAUCCAGAAAGUAUCUUGAUGAAAAAGUAGAAGAUGAAGAAACAAUUAAUCGACCACCAUCUUCACCAGCAGAACCAAUUAUUGACAAAACAUCUGAGAAUACAACUUCAAAUGCUUUAUCCGAAGUUAAUAUUCUAUUGAACAAUGAAUUGGACAAGCAAAUCCAGAAAAACAUCGACUAUUUCAGCGGCGAAUGUUGAUUUGGAUGAUGUUUUUGAUGUUAGUUUCAAAUACAAUUCAAAUGAAGAUGAUAUUGAUGAAAAAUUGAGAAGAAGAACUGAUGAAUUUUCGAAAAAUAAAUCGGAUAAAAAACUUCCGGAAGUGAAUGAAACUCGAACAACAACUAAAUCUGUGCAACUUCUAGAUGAUUCGAAUAUUUCAAUCGAUGAUGUGUUCAAUAUAAGUUCUACUAUUCCAAAACAGGAUGAAGAUCAAAAAGAGGUUACAAAACCAAUUGUGCCAAUUAUUUCUGAUGUUUUAUUAGAAACGGAAGAAAAUAUUCAUCGUCCACAUUCAACUCCAACUGAAUCAGCUUUAAAUGUUGCUCCAACAAGUUUGACAAAAGUGAAAAUUGAAUUGGAGAAACAAUCGACAUUUGAAAAUUUGGAAGAUAACACUUCGGAAAAGCCAGAAUCGUUGAACCUUGACAAUAUUUUCAAUAUCAGUUUCACUCACAAAAAUGAUGAUGUUUCGGAUUUAAAAUUACAACAAAGAAUAUCGGAAUUCAACAAAAAUAAAUCUGAGAAAAAAGUGGAACAAGAAGAGAAAGAUUCAAAAAUAGAGUAUUCGAGCAAUUUGGAUGAUUCAAAUAUAUCUUUGGAUGAUGUUUUCAAUUUGGAAAAAGACCGGAAACUAUCAAGAAAUAUUGAAAAAGUCCAAUAUUCACCGAAAAAUGAAGAAAUUGAACCUUUAUCGAAUGAAAACAAUGAAAUAAGUUGAACUUGUUGGAACGAUUACUUCAUCAACAAAAAAUUCGAAUUCCGAAGAUUUACACGAUCAAAAAUCGGAUAAUCUCGAUACCGAAGAUAAAUCUGCUCUUAAUUUAGAUGAUAUUCUCAAUGUUCGCUUCAACCAAAACAAAUCGGAAGACGUUGAUGAAAAAUUGAAGAAACGAAUUUCGGAAUUUGAGAAAAACAAAUCAGAUAAGAAACAUCAAGAAGAGCCGAUAAAAUACACAACAACAUCGAAUGUAAAUUUGGAUGAUUCGAGUAUUUCAAUCGAUGAUGUUUUCAAUGUUUCUCAAACAAAACCUUCGUUGGAUGAUCAUCAACAUGAAGAACUGAAAAUUCCGAUCAAUAUUCCUGAUUCUGAUAAGCCAUUAUCGACUGAAGCUGAUUCAGAGUCAACAACAAUUUCGAAGAAUGUCAGAUGUUUCGAUUGAUGACGUUUCCAGUUCCAAACCAAAUGAAAUUGAGAAUAAUCCAAUUGUCAGUCAAUUUGCUGGAACUACUACUAGAAAUAUUCUUGAUCAAAUUUAUGAUGUUGGAACGAUUAAAGAUAUUGAAAAUGCCACGCAUCAAAUUGAUAACGAAAAUAUCAGUCGAAAACCAAGUUGUGAAGAGAAGAAAAAACCAGAAAAAGAACCGAAUUCAGUUGGAGAAAUAUCCCAGCCAAAUGAACCAACAACAUCUGUUAACUUGGAUGAAAUAUUCAAUGUUAGUUUCAAACAUGACGAAGAAGAUGUCAACGAUGAAAAACUGAAGAAUAGAAUCGCGGAGUUUGAGAAAAAUAAAUCAGAUAAGAAACAUCAAGAAGAGCCGAUAAAAUACACAACAACAUCAAAUGUAAAUUUGGAUGAUUCGAGAAUUUCAAUCGAUGAUGUUUUUAACGUUUCUCAGAGAAAACCUUCGUUGGUUAAUCAACAAAAUCAAGAAGUGGAAAUUCCGAUAAAUGUUCCAGAUUCUGAAAAGUCAACAUCGAUUAAAGCUGAUUCAGAGAAGAACUCAUCUCAACAAACUUCAAAUUUAAAUUUAGAUGAAGUUCUAAAUGUCAGCUUCAAACACGACAAUGAAGAUGUUGACGAUGGGAAAAUGAAACAAAGGAUCGCCGAAUUUGAAAACAACAAAUCUCACAAAAAACAUCAAGAAGAACCAUCUAAUUACACGACAACAUCUACUGUGGAUUUGGAUGACUCACAAAUUCCAAUCAAUAAUGUUUUCAACGUUUCCCGUCAGAUGGUUUCUGUGGAUGAGAAUAUCAAACCAUCUUCCCCGGAAAUAUCAAUAAAUCGUGAAGUAAAAACUCCAAUCGAAAGUCAGGAUUCUGAACAAUCAACAUCUACUGAAGUUCUAUCGAACACACAAACAUCUGAACAAACAUCUAAUUUGAACUUGGAUGACGUUUUCAAUGUUAACUUUAAACAUAACGAAGAUGAUGUGAACGAUGAAAAACUGAAGAGAAGAAUCGCCGAAUUCGAAAACAACAAAUCUCAUAAGCAACCACAAGAAACAACUAUAAUUUGCAACUCAAAAACCAAAAGUGGACUUUGAUAAUUCCGAAAUUUCGUUGGACGAUGUUUUUAACAAAGCGUCUGGCGAUGAAAUUGUAGAUUCCUCGAAUCAGCAAAGCCCAUCUACAACUUCGGGUUUAAAUAUUGAUCUGAACCAAAAAACCUCGGCAAAUAUUGAAGCAACAAACAAUGAAACUGUCCAAUCAAUUCAAAUUGAAUCAAAUGUGAAUCCAAAAUCAAUUGAAACAUCUAAUUUGAACAUGAGAGAAAUAUUUGAUGUAAGCUUCACUGAUGACGGAAAAGAUGUGGAUGAUGAAAAAAUCGAACAAAGAAUUGCUGAAUUCAAGAAAAACACAACUGAUAUUAAACAUGAAGUUGGAUCUCCAACAACAACAACGAAAUCUUCUAAUUUGGUACCUGAUGAUUCAAAAAUAUCGAUUGAUGAUAUGUUCAAUUUUAAACCGAACAUCGACUCAACAAAUAUUUCAAUCGAUCUAAAUCAACAACAAUCAGUAAACAUCGAGGCCACAAAAAAUGAAACAAUUUCGGACCAAAUAAAAACUUCAAUAUCCGAUUCAGUAACUGCUGAUGUUGGAAAUCAACCUUUUGGAACCACUGAUAAUUAUCAUAUUCGGAUGAAAGAUCGAGAAACAUCUGAGCCUGUUAUUGAACAUUCGAAAAUAAUUGAAAAAGAGCCUAGCAGUGUGAAUUUGGAUGAUGUAUUCAAUAUUAGUUUUACUCAAAAUGAAGAAGAUGUCAAUGAUUCGAAACUGAAAAAGAGGAUUGAAGAAUUUGAGAAAAACAAGAAUGAAAAACAACAUCAAGUGGAAGAACAUCCAAAAAUUACAAAGUCAAGCAUCAAUUUGGAUGAUUCAAAUAUUUCAAUGGAGGAUGUGUUCAAUAUUGAUAGAAACGAACAAAAAUCAAUAUUUUCAUCGGAUGUUUCGACUACAAAAUCUGACAAACCAUCAACAGAUUCUACACUGAGAGAAAAAUUAUCUGAAGAUCAAGCAUCAACAAAAAUAUCAUCAAUUGAAGAGACACAUGUACCUCACGUCAAUGUUGAACUUGAAGAGAAGAAAUCGGCUGAAGUUGAAGUAACAGCGAAUGAACCAGCGAGAACAUCUGAAAUUCUAGUGAUUUCGGAGAAUUCUCAACCAACUACUUCAACAAAUACUGUUAACUUGGAAGAGAUAUUCAACGUCAGUUUUCAAACAUGACGAAGACGAUGUCAACGAUGAAAAACUGAAGAAAAGAAUCGCAGAAUUUGAGAAAAAUAAAUCUGAUAAGAAACAUCAAGAAGAGCCGAUAAAAUACACAACAACAUCAAAUGUGAAUUUGGAUGAUUCGAGUAUUUCAAUCGAUGAUGUUUUCAAUGUUUCUGAGAGAAAACCUUCGUUGGAUAACCAUCAAAAUCAAGAAGUGGAAAUUCCGAUUAAUGUUCCAGAUUCUGAAAAGUCAACAUCGAUUGAAAGCUGAUUCAGAGAAGACCUCAUCUCAACAAACUUCAGAUUUAAAUUUAGAUGAAGUUCUAAAUGUCAGCUUCAAACACGACAAUGAAGAUGUAGAUGAUGGAAAAUUAAAACAACGGAUCGCCGAAUUUGAAAACAACAAAUCUCACGAAAAACAUCAAGAAGAGCCGAUAAAAUACACAACAACAUCGACUGUAGAUUUGAAUGAUUCACAAAUUCCAAUCGAUGAUGUUUUCAAUGUUUCCCCACAGAUGGAUCCUGUGGAUGAGAAUACCAAACCAUCUUCCUCGGAAAUAUCUAUAAAGCAUAAUGUUAAAACUCCUAUUAACAUUUCAGGAUUCUGA